AGGAGUGUCACGCACGCGCUUUCCAACCGGCCCGUCCAUCCAGAGGCGCGGAGGUCCAGCUGAAGGGGUGCGAUCAUGCAGGAGUGUAGCAGAAACGGAGACCCUGAGGACCUCCAGCAGGAAGCCAACGUUGACCAGGAGGAGUCCCUGGACAUAGUCUCGACCAGCAGUAAGGCUGAGAAACCUCCUUACUCGUACGUGGCCUUGAUCGCCAUGGCCAUCCGCGAGAGCGCGGAGAGAAAACUGACCCUCAGCGGCAUUUACCAGUUCAUCGUGUCCAGAUUCCCUUACUAUGAGAAGAACAAGAAGGGCUGGCAGAACAGCAUCCGCCACAACCUGAGCCUCAACGAGUGCUUCGUAAAGGUGCCUCGAGAUGGAAGAGGAGGAGGAGGAGGUGGUGGAGGUGGAGGUGGAGGGGUGGACAGGAAAGGGAACUUUUGGACCCUGGAUCCCGCCUUCGAGGACAUGUUCGAGCAGGGGAACUACAGACGCAGGAGGAGAGUCAGGAGAGCCCCCCGACCUUCAGCAUCGCCCUGCUGGCCACAGCCGUGCGCGCUCCCGCCCUACGACCUGCAGCAGCAGCAGCAGCCGCUGCCGCACGUGAACGCGCGUGCCGAUGCCCAUCUCUGUUAUUACCCCGCUGGAUCCCCUCUUUACCCCUUUUACCCCAUGCACUCUCUGCACCCCCUCCACGCGCCCUACGGCCACUACCAGCGGCACCAGUGUGCCCCUCUGCCCGACAGCGCCCCCUACCUGCAGCACGAGUACAGUCAGGAGCAGUCUUUCGAGUAA